AACGCCCCUGCAAAUUCCACAGGUUUUCGCUUACAAAUAAUGGGUAAAAUAUUCUAAGAUCUCCGAGAGGGCGCAAAGAUCUGCCUUCUCACAAUUGAUGGUGCUUACUCAGGCCUGCAGGAGCCUCAGGGUCCUAAGCUUUAAGAUGAUUGCUAUGGACAACUUUGUGGUAAGUGGCAUUCCACCACGCACACCUGAGCCCUCGGAACAUUAAUUUUUUCUGACCAUUCGCGCGUUCGAUGUCUCAAGAUGUCAUAUCUUAUGCUUUCGUUUUCAGACAAGCUACUAGUCAUUGCUAUUCCUCUCUCGCCUUUUUUAUCUACGGCUGGCUGUUAGGUUUAGAAAGCGAGAUCCAGCAUAUCUGGAUGCAGCCUCAAAAGCGAGUGUUCAGAUGGCUUUACAUCUACUUUCGGUACGUCAGUCUGUUGAUUCAAGCAAUUCACCCAGGUGUCAUGGAAUACUUCGCAGGAGGGCAUGGUUCGCCUUCUUCCUGUCUAGCCUGGAAUAUAUAUGUGUCUUUUCUGGGUCAGGUUCAUGUCACAGCAGUCGAAGUGUUGCUUGCUGUCCGAGUAUACGCACUCUUUAACCGUAGUCGUCGUAUUGCUUUCCUGGUCGGCUUUCAUAUUUUGCUUGAAGUUAUUUCUUCCGUGGUGAAUGCGGUAUACACCAUAAGAGCUACCGAAUACCAUGGGUACUGUAUCUUUUACAAGCCGUCGCAUCAACUGUUGUACUAUAGCAUUAUAAUCUUGUCUACACAGAUCACCUUGAUGGGUCUUACAUUGUCGAAGACUAUCCUCACCAGGCGCUCAGGAUGGGGGAGGACACCGAUCGUAUCCCUACUUCUGCGCGACGGCAGCGCGGUCCUCUUUGUCAUAUCUGCACUGUGUCUCUUGACGAUCGGCUUCUGUCGACUCAACGGCGAAAGAGCAACAGUAAUAUUUUUCUGGAGCGUGUCUAUACUUUCCUCGUGUGGAUGCUGGCUGCUCAUGAACACGCAACAGCUGGUUGCUCACGGUCGCUCACGCAGAGUAUGCAGUGCUUCAAUCCGAACCUCUGUGCUUAGCACUAUUAUCGAGAUCGAGUAAUGGCAUGUCAGUCAACCCCGUUCAGGCAUGCUAUUUGAUUCCAACCACAACAUGUGUUUUUCAUCAAAUACAUCCGACCCAGUGGCUAGAUAACGACUGUACGGUGACCCCGGACCAACAGUUCCCAGCUCAAGUUUAUAUCCUACAUAGUCAUGGGACCCUUUGAUAUUCAAGCUCGUGUAUUAACUACCAUGUACAUCGACAGGUCGUGGAGAUCAGCUGCCAACGGAUUCGGGAUGAUGCCCUUCAAACCCUAUUACAGAGCAGCUGAUCAGUACUCAGCACUGUGAUAUGUACUCCUCCAUGACGAAUACUUUUGUGAUUUCCAGCCUAGAAAAAUAGGCGAGUGGAAAUACAUGAGAAAAAAUGCCGACGCCGCCUAGGUCAGACAAAUAUUGCAAAUCAAGCGAUGUCUAGUACAUGUGUAUACAGUCGCACAGUACAAUGAUCGUAAAUUUAAUUCCAAU